AUGGAGGCCUGCCUGGGUGAGGGGCUGCCUCCCUCCACUGAGCUGGAGGAGACCCUGCGCAACGGGGUCCUCCUGGCCAAGCUGGGCCACUGCUUCGCCCCGGCUGUGGUCCCGCUGAAGAAGAUCUAUGAUCGUGAGCAGACUCGGUACAAGGCAGCUGGGCUUCACUUUCGGCACACGGAUAACAUCAACUACUGGCGUGAUGCCAUGAGCCAUGUGGGCCUUCCCUCGAUCUUCCACCCAGAGACCACCGACAUCUAUGACAAGAAGAACAUGCCCCGGGUGGUCUACUGCAUCCACGCACUCAGCUUGUACCUCUUCAAGCUGGGGCUGGCUCCUCAGAUCCAGGACCUGUAUGGCAAAGUGAACUUCACAGAGGAGGAGAUCAACAACAUGAAGCGUGAGCUGGAGAAGUAUGGGCUGCAGUUGCCUGCCUUCAGCAAGAUCGGUGGCAUUUUGGCCAAUGAGCUCUCAGUGGAUGAAGCAGCAGUCCACGCCGCAGUGCUGGCGAUCAACGAAGCUGUGGAUCGGGGGGUGGUGGCCCAGACGAUGGAGACCCUCCUCAACCCCAGCGCGAUGCUGCAGGACCUGCGUGGGGAGCUGGCAGGUGCCUACCAGGAGGUGCUGCACCGGGCGAAGCUGGAGAAGGGCAGCAAUGCCAGGAACAGGUAUCUGCAGGUGAUCCCUGAGGGAGAGGAUGUCUAUGACCGGUGUCUGACCCAGGCUGAAAUCCAAGGGAACGUCAACAAAGUGAACGUGCACAGGGCUCUGGAAGAGGUGGAUGAUGCCCUGCAGAGACAGGAUGUGCCAGCACUGCACCGGGCGCUGCAGGACCCCGUCCUGGCCCUGCGCUGCCUCCAGCGCGACAACCUCCAGCUCUACUUGGAGCAGCUCAGCAUGGACCGGGAGCAGAAGGCACUGGACCUGGGCUACCUGGAGAUGCUGGACCAGGAGGAGGUGCAGGCAGGGAUCCUCACAGCCAACAGGAGAGGCGAGGAGGAGCGAGCCAUGCUGCUGGCUGUCAGCCGGAUCAAUGCCGCCAUCCGCCGAGGGAUGCUGGCUGAAACCUUGGAAGCGCUGACGGACCCUGCGGCGCAGCUGCCCGAUGUGCAUCCCUUUGCUGCCCCCCUGUACCAGUGCCAGCUGGCCCUGCUGCAGCGCCAGCACCCACAGGGUGAGCUGGCACAGGAGGAGCUGUUCGUGGCUGUGGAGAUGCUCUCGGCUGUGGCGCUGGUCAACCAAGCCCUGGAUGUCGGGGAUCCCGACGGGCUCUGGAGCAGCCUGGUCAGCCCUGCCCUGGGCCUCUCGGGAGUUGAGGAUGCAAAUGCACAACGGUACUUUGAGGACUUGCAGCAGCUGAAAGGCCAACCUAGGGAAGCGGGAGCUGAAUUCCUGAGCUGGAAUGACAUUCAGGACAGUGUGAACAGCACCAAUUCAUUGGUGCAGGAUGAAAAUGACAGAGUCCACGCGGUCAGGCUGGUCAAUGAGGCGCUGCUGCAGGCAGACCCUGUAAAGCAGAAGGUGCUCAAGGGGGGCUGCCCAGCUUGUUAGACUCCAUUUCCCCCCGUGCCCAACUCUGCUGUCUCGCAGGCCAUGGGGGAUGACGGAGCUGUGCUCUGGUGGGAAGAGAUCCAGGAAGGGGUCUGCCGGGCUAACCAGGACACAGUGGCAGCCAGAAGGAUGGCUCUGGGCAUUGCUGCCAUCAACCAGGCCAUCAAGGAAGGGAAGGUGGCACAGACGCUGCGGGUGCUGCGCAACCCUGACGUGGCCCUGUGUGGUGUGGUGAGCGCCUGUGCUGGUGCCUACCAGGAGCAGCUGGCGGCUCUGGUGGCCACCAAGAGAUUGGCAGGGAGUGAGAAGCUGUACUGGAUCCGCCACAGGCUGCCAGACGGUGCCGAGUACUACCUGAGCCUGAAGACCUUUGAGGGCAGCUGGCAGUGCCCACGCGACGGCAGCCUCAACACCACACACCUGAGCCGGGAGGAGAUCCAGUUGGUUGUCACCCGAGUGACGGCAGCGCACGACCGGGAGUGCCUGUGGGCAUCCAACACCUCCUUCGUGGUGAGGCUGCAGGCUCGGCUCCGGGGCUUCCUUGUUCGCCGGGAGUUCGCGGCACGACGGCACAUCCUGCGGGAGCAGCAGCCGGCUGCCGUCAGGAUCCAGGCUUGUUGGAGGGGGUACAAGCAGCGCAGAGCUUACCUGGAGAGGCUGUGUUACCUGCGAGCCAACGCAGAGGCUGCAAUCAAGAUCCAGGCGGGUGUGAGGAUGUGGCAGGCUCGGAGGAAGUACCAGGAGAGGCUGCGCUACUUCAGGCAGAAUAUUAAAGCUGUAAUUAAAAUCCAGGCUUUUGUGCGAGCGAACAAGGCCCGUGGGGAUUACAGGAUGCUGGUCCAUGCCAGGAGGCCACCACUGAGCAUCGUCCGGCGCUUCAUCCACUUGCUGGAGCAGAGCCAGCAUGACUUCUGGGAGGAGUCAGAGGUGCUGCGGCUGCAGGAGGAGGUGGUGAAGAGGAUCCGCGCCAGCCGGCAGCUGGAGAGUGACCUGGACCUCAUGGACAUCAAGAUCGGGCUGCUGGUCAAGAACAGGAUCACGCUGCAGGAGGUGGUCUCCCACUGCAAGAAGCUGACAAAGAAGAACAAGGAGCAGCUCUCAGAGAUGAUGUCCAUAGACAAGCAGAAGGGGCUCAAGUCACUCAGCAAGGAGAAGCGUCAGAAGCUGGAGGCCUACCAGCACCUCUUCUACCUGCUACAGACACAGCCAGUCUACUUGGCCAGGCUGAUCUUCCAGAUGCCCCAGAACAAGUCCACCAAAUUCAUGGAGUCAGUAAUCUUCACGCUUUACAACUACGCAUCCAACCCGCGGGAGGCUUACCUGCUGCUCCAGCUCUUCAAAGUGGCGCUGCAGGAGGAGGUCAGGUCCAAGGUGGACCAUGUCCAUGACAUCCUGAUGGGGAACGCCACGGUGAUCCGGCUGGUGGUCAGCUUCUACCGCAACGCGCGUGGGCAGAACGCCCUGCGGCAGAUCCUGGGUGGCCCAGUGCAGGCGGUCCUGCAGGACAAGGCCCUUGGCAUCCGUACCGACCCUGUGGACAUCUACAAGGCGUGGAUCAACCAGGCUGAGUCACAGAGUGGGCAAAGAAGCAAGCUCCCAUAUGAGGUCAGCCCUGAGCAGGCUCUCAGCCACCCCGAGGUCCAAAGGCGGCUGGAUAUUUCUAUCCAAAACCUCCUGGCAAUGACAGACAAGUUCGUCUCUGCCAUCACCUCUUCCGUUGACAAGAUCCCCUAUGGCAUGCGCUACAUGGCCAAAAUCCUGAGGACAUCUUUGAUUGAGAAAUUCCCCAAGGCCCCGGCAGAGGAAAUCGAUAAGAUUGUGGGCAACCUGCUCUACUACCGCUUCAUGAACCCGGCUGUGGUGGCCCCUGAUGGCUUUGACAUCGUGGACAUCUCGGCUGGGGCGACCCUGCACCCCGAGCAGCGCCGCAGCCUGGGCUCCAUCGCCAAAGUGCUGCAGCACGCAGCCGCCCGCAAGGCCUUCGACGGGGAGAACGCGCAUCUCUGCGGGGUGAACCGGUACCUGGAGGACACCCACAACAAGUUCAGGAGGUUCAUCUCUGCUGCCUGCUGUGUCCCUGAACCAGAAGAGAGGUUUAAUAUGGAUGAGUACUCAGAGAUGGUGGCGGUGGCCAAACCAGUCAUCUACAUCACUGUGGGGGAGCUCAUCAACACGCACAAGCUCCUGCUCGAGCACCAGGACUCCAUAGCACCGCAUCACGGAGACCCCCUGCACGAGCUCCUGGAGGAUCUUGAUGAGAUUCCUACAGUCCAGUCCCUGGUUGGGGAAAGUGUUGCCAGCCUGGCAGACAGUGGUGCUGAGCAGGUGCUCUCUCAGCUCAGCAGAACAGAGAUCUCCCUUACCCUCACUGGCAAACUGCUGCCAGCGGCCAGCAGUGAGGAGAGUGACACGAGGAGCUUGCUGCUGAGCACCAAGCAGAUGCUGGUGGAUGUGAUCCAGUCCCAGUCAGGAGAUUCCCUCCCAGAAAUCCUGUGGACACAAGCCUUGGAGCACGAGGAAGCUGCCCACGACCGCCUCGUGCACAGGCGAGCGCUGCAGGAUGCCCAGACCCCCACCCAGCUGAAGUGGCACCGCUCCCUGGCUGCCAACAGUCAACUCUCCAUGGAGGAGAAGAAGCGCAAGAUCAUCCGUAACCUGCGGCACUUGGAGAGCCUGGGGCUGGUGGACUCUGCCCACCAGUACCAGGAGCUCAUUGAUGAGCUGGCCAAGGACAUCCGGAACCAGCGGCGCCACCGGCAGCACCGCCGCGCGGAGCUCCUGAAGCUGAGGCAGACCCUGCACAGCCUCGAUGCCAAGACCUUAUUUUAUGAGGAGCAAAUUGAUUAUUACAACCAGUACAUCAAGACCUGCCUCGACAACCUGGCAACCAGCAACAAGGUCAGCAGGAAGAGUAAGAAGCUGCCGUCGCUGCACUACACGGCGGCCCGGCUGUUGGAGAAGGGAGUGCUGCUGGAGAUCCAGGACCUGCCACCCAGCCAGUUCAAGAACGUGAUUUUUGACAUCAUCCCCUGUGAGGAAUCGGGCAAGUUCCAGGUGAAAGCCAAAUUCAUGGGAAUCGACAUGGAGCACUUCCAGCUGCACUACCAGGACCUGCUGCAGCUGCAGUACGAGGGCGUAGCAGUCAUGAAGAUGUUUGAUAAGGCCAAGGUCAACGUUAACCUGCUCAUUUUCCUCCUCAACAAGAAGUUCUUCAAGAAGUAACAGGGGUGGGGGGGUUGAAUGGGCUACAGGGACUGGGGGACCGAUGAAAACCUGCCAAAGGCACCUUGGGGUUAGUGAUCCUGGGGUAGGGAAGUUUCCGCUGGCCAUGCAUCUUUCCUGCCUGGACACAGAGUGCUUGAGCACCUGCAGCUGGCUCAGCCCCAGCCCUGGGCACCCCAGGCUCGGUACUGAGCUGGUGCCCGACCUCCUCGCAGAAGGAUGUGGCUGCCAAAGCUUUUGCAGUGCGUGUUGCUUUUAAAAUCUAUUUUUUUUGUGGGUAUUUUGGCUGUUUAGUUCCUGUGUUGCCUACAGCCAGCUGCUCAAGGACACUGGAUUUCUGGACACUACACAGGGUUUUAGUGAUGUAAUAAAGGUAUUUUAAUAUAUAUAUAUAUAUUUCUUCCUCACAGCAAGGCUGGAGAAAUGUCAAAAUCAGUCUUUAUAUUGGGGGGUAGGAGGAGGGCAGAACAUAGAGGCAAUAACUGCUAGUGAGGACAUCCGUGGCUGUUCCCUACUAAACUGAGGUGCAAUAGGAGAAUGUUGGUUUCCAAAGAUGAAUUUCAUUGCUCUCUAGCCAGGCUGAGAACAGAUACAAAGCAGGGUGGGCUCAGAGCCACUGCUCUCCCACGGAUGCCGCAGGGCACCAGAGCAGGGACCUCCCCUUUCUGGGUUUGCCUGGUAUUGGAUGUGGAGCAAUCCCAUGGCACUGUCUCAGCUGGGAUGAUGAUGUCUCUCUCCCCUCUUUAUUUGCUCUGGUGGGAGCAAAGUUUUCAAAUGUGGAUAAUGAUCGAGUUUGUCCAUGGAUGCAUUUAAAGCACUUUCUCUUCAUGUGAGCCCCUUCCCUGAGAUGGGAAGGGAGCUGGUGGCAGUCCCAACCUCCUCCCAGCCCUGUCUCCAUCAGGCAUAGGAGCAGCAAGUCCCAAACCUGCUCCAUAAAGGAACUUUUUGGGGGGAUCGGAUUUGGAAUCUCCCUCGCUGCUCAAGUAACUGCCUUGGGUUAGGGUUAGCCUUGAAGCUGGCUCAAUGGUACCUCAUCUAUUGCCAUCUGGGGCUCUGUCUUGUCUUUGAAAAGUGAUGUUUGUUUGUGAGGGUUUUAUGUGUUUUUUCUUUCCCUUCUGUCAUAUAAAAGCUGCAAACGGUGCUUACCUUCAUCCCUGCCCAUGCUGGAUUCCUGCUGUGCUGC